AUGAACCACGGGAAAGCUCUAAGCCAAGGCCUAGAACAGCAGGAGUGGGUACUCAUAAGGACAGCAGACGGCACAGUCAUUGCCACUAAUUUUACUUGGGAUACAGGCCCAGUGACUCUACAUGCAGACUUCUCCAAGUUUUUCGAUAACCAUUUCUGUGACUCCCCUGCUGCUUGGAGACACACUGAUUGGGGGCGACUAGGAGAUGAAACAGGAUAUGCAAUGGGAGCCGUUACCAACUGUGACUCAAAUACAAAGAAUAAAGCCCUUUUUCAGACCCCGUUUUACGGGUGUCCAGAACCCCCAGUAGGAAGGAGGAGAACCUGUGGGUCCCAUGGAGAUUUCUACUGUAAAGCAUGGGGUUGUGAGACUCUCAGCAAUGGGGGGUGGAGUCCCGGAGGGGGGAAGGAUAAAGCUAUUACCCUCUUAAGGGAUAAGAGACGAAAACCUGCAGGCAGAUGGGAUCAGAACUGCGCCACAAACAAUUGUAACCCAACUGUCAUAACUGUUUUAAACCCUAUAGACCCCGAGUGGGUAAAAGGGCAAACCUGGGGCAUCCGCCUGUAUGUCGCAGGGAGAGACCCAGGAACCUUCUUCACUGUAAAGAGAUUGCCCACCAGGGGAAGACCCCUCCUAAGAGGAGCGGCGGGCAGGUUGCCACCUUGCCCACCCAACCCAACUGCAGGCCUAGCAGCUACGCGUUCUCCUGACCUAAAGGGAACCGGACCCCCUCCCAGGACAACUGAAACCCCAGCAUCAGAAGAAAAACCAAGGCCACCCCUCCGUAGCCCACCACCCUUGGUAGGUAGGCCUCAUCAUCAAGGAGAGUCGGCCCUAAGCCUCUUAGAACAAGUGUUUCCAUAUUUUAACUAUACCAUGCCAAACAUUACUAAGUCCUGUUGGUUAUGCCUUAGCCCAAGGCCCCCAUUCUAUAUUGGCCUGGGGGUUAACUCCUCCGCAGGGGGAAAUAACACUCCCAUCACAAUGCAACUUCCCCAAGGGAAAAGACAGGUGGAAGGUCUUGAACAAUGUGAGUUUGAAGGUACCAUCACCUUAGCAGAGUUUCAUGGACAGGGAACCUGUUACUUGUUAGCUAAUUUCACCCUCAACAAUUCGAAUUAUGCAGAUUACUGUCUCAACCUAGUAUACAUACCGAAGACCCCAGGAACACUGACUGUAACAAGAGCCCCAGAAGGGCUAUGGUUUAUAUGUACCCAAGGUAUUUUUAAAUGUCUAGUUCCUACUAACCCAGAACUUUGUGUUAGUGCAUAUAUUAUUCCCCAAGUAUACCUGUAUGGAGGGGAUCCAAACUUUGUGCUACGACCCCCUUCCAGAGUCAAGCGGACUCCAUUGCUCAUACCCACAGCUGCCACUAUUGGUAUAAUUGGAUCAGCAGCUGUUGGAGCGGGGGCACUAAUCCAUGGGGAGAAUAGCCUUAGACAGUUAUCACAGACAUUCUCUAAAGACGUCUCCCUGCUCCAGGAACAAGUAAUGUACCUAGAACGCCAAGCAGACUCCUUAGCUGAGGUAGCACUUCAGAACCGAAGGGGGCUUGAUCUUGUGUUUCUUCAACAAGGAGGACUAUGUGCAGCCUUAGGGGAAGAAUGCUGUUUUUAUGCUAACCAUUCAGGGGUAAUCAGAGAAAGCAUAAAGAUGCUAACCAAGAGACUAAAAGAAAGAGAACAAGAGGAAGAGACCUCUUCGUGGUAUGCUUCUCUGUUUAAAGCUUCCCCUUGGCUGACCACGCUUAUUUCCGCAUUAGUUGGCCCUAUACUUAUCCUAUUGCUUGCCCUGACUGCAGGACCCUGGAUCUUGAAUAAGAUUUUUGCAUUCAUCAGGGACAGGAUUGAUGCCAUCAAGCUUAUGGUAUUGUCCCAACCAUAUACCAUCCUGCCUCAAGAUGACUGGCAGUCAAUGGUUUAA